AUGUGCAUGAUUAUUUGUUCUUAGUUUAAAUAGAUGAAGAUGAAAACUUAGAUAAUAAUACUUGAUAUGAUGAUCUUGUUAAUAGUUUUAAGUGUUUGUACUUUAGGAAUCUAUGUCGAAGCCAUAAUAUUUUAUGAUAUCAGUUUAGAAUCAUCAAAUAUGAUGAUGAAUAUUACGGAUAUCAAAUAGAUUGAUAGUAUUGGAAAUCAUGUUGAAUCCUAUCUAAUAAAAAAGCAUAAAAGAAGUAAAUAAUAAAUAAAUUAAGGCAUUUAACUUAUUGACAAUAUUGCUUCUUUUAUACUUUAUUUAGCUAACCAUCAAAAUCAGUUCAUCAUAAAUGAUAACUUAAAUCUAUGUCUAACUGAAGAUGACUAUUAAAAUACUUAAUAUAUUAAAAAUACUGCAUAGUUCUGUUAUUAAAUCCAUAGUGAGUAAUAUUAAUAAAUCAUGUUGAAUGAUAAUAUCAAUCUUUUAUAUUAUGGACUUAAAGAACUAGAUUAAUAUUCAUUACAGUUCAAUAUAUAAUUGCCUAAUUUUUUGUAGAUAGUUGACACUAGUCCAAUAAUAUUUGAUUCAUUAUAUCCAACAGGAUUACUAGUAAAUAAUUAUAAUCCAUAGGAUAGAAUAUGGUAUAUUUAAAAAAUAUAUAUAGGUAUAAAAAUCAUAUGGAUUAAUUUAACAUUACAAAAAAUGAGCAUUUCUUUUUUACAAAUGUUUAUUAAAUCUUGUAUGGAGCUAAGGAGUAUAGUUUUUCAAUAACUCAAUCAUUAUUUAAUAAAUAAAAAGAGUUUUUUGCAAUAUUGAAAACAGUAGUAUUUGUAACUGACCCAAAUUUAUAGAAAAUAUAAUUUAAUGUCUUAUUAAUUAAUUCAGAAGGUUAGGUUAUGCAUUAUGGAAUGGAAAAUUAAAUAAAUAAUGUGGGAAUUUUAUAUAUAUAUAAUGAAAAGAUAACUGGUUUCAAUAUUACAGAUUGGUAAGAAAUUGAAACGAAGGUAAAUAAGUAAGAUUAGAAUCAUUAAGAUUAAAUAUUAAUUCUCUAUAAUAAAGUAUAUUAAUAAUUUGUAAAUGUAAAGUGCAAAAAGUUUAUAAAAGAAAAUUUUACACUAAUUUUGUAAAUAUAUUUAAUUAUUAAUAGAUUCACAAAUCUUACAUAAUAAUAUAUUUUAUAAUAAAAAAUAUUGGAUGAAUAAAAUAGAUUUUUAUUGUAAUAUGGAUUUGCUGUUAUUAUAAUUUUUGGUUUAGCAAUUAUGUUAUUCUGUUUGAGUGUAUUCUUUAUAAAUCUAAUUUGUAAUCCAAUAGUAAAUUUAAGAUAAAAAAUAUCCUAACAUGUUUUAUAAAUAGGAAAUAAUGUUGAUAAAAUUAUGAAUAAGAUUUAAUCAAGCAAAAAAAAUAAUAAUGAUGUUAUUAAUAAAUUGAAUGAAAUGUUCAUGAAUAUUUCAGAUACUCUUAAAUUAAACUCAAAUAAAAAGAAUAAGUAAUGUAGACUUAUUGAAAAGAUGUAGUAUAAUAAAAGAAAUUUUUAAGUUUCAUGUUAGAUAUUACAUUAAUAAAUACGUUGUCUUUCAGAUAUGAAUUUAAGUAAUGUUGAUUUCAACGAAUUUAAUUAAGAAAUAUUAGAUUUGUUAAUGAAAUGCACUAAUAGUCAAUUGUGA